CUCUAUAUUGAUAUCUCAGUUUGUGAUAUUUGUUGCUAAAACUGAAUAAAAACGAAAUUAAUAUACAAUUAUUUCAUAUUUAUUCAACUACACGCUUAUUCUAAAUUAGCGGCGAAUUUAUCAACUCUCUCUCUCUCUCUCAUGGCGGAGAGUGUUGACAGAGACCAGCCGUUGACCCCGGCCGGCCGCCUCUUUCUGCAGCCGCAGAUGAACCAGAUCAUCAGCGCCGCCAUCACCGUCGAGUUCCCGAUCGACAUCGACAGCUUCCGCGCUGAAGUUCAGAGCUCAAUUAUGUUCAAACACCCAAGGUUUUGCAGCCUCAUGGUGCGCGAUUCCGCUGGCCGCGAACACUGGCGCCGCACCGCCGUCGACGUCGAUCGGCACCUAAUCGUCCACCGCCAGCCUCUCGCCGACGAUCCUUCGAUCUCCGGCGACGACGCCGUCGACGAAUUCAUCGCCGAUCUAUCCGUCUCCUCGCCUCUCUCCGCCGAUAAACCGCUCUGGGAAAUCCAUCUGCUGAUGGCGAAUAAAACUUUAAUUUUCCGCGUGCACCACGCGCUCGGCGACGGGAUCUCAUUGAUGUCGCUGCUGCUGUCGUGCUGCAGGAGAUCCGACGAUCCGGCGCGGCUGCCGUCGAUUGGCGGCGUCGGCGCGGCGGCGACGGGGCCGGGGAGGAGGCGGAUGAAUUUGGGGACGAUUGUGCUGGCUGCUUGGUAUACCUUGCUCUAUAUCGUGGAAUUCAUCCUGAGAUCGGCGUGGCGGAGAGAUAGGACCACCGCGGUGAGCGGCGGCGCCGGGGUGGAGCUCUGGCCGCGGAAGCUGACGACGGCGAGGUUCCGCCUCGACGAUAUGAAGGUAGUCAAGGGAGCGGUGGCGAACGCGACCAUUAACGAUGUUCUUUUCGGGGUACUAACAUGCGGCUUGUCACGCUACUUGGACAUGAGAUCACCCAAAGCUCUGCCCGAGGGGCUUCGGCUCACUGGUCUUGCAAUGGUGAAUUUGAGGCCACAGUCAGGACUGCAGGACAUAUCAAAGCUGAUGGAUGGCGAUUCUGGAACGCGCUGGGGCAACAAAUUCGGGAUGCUUCUGUUACCUGUUUAUUACCACAGAGGAGGUUCGGAUCCAAUCCAGUUUGUCAAGAGAUCCAAAGCUAUGAUCGACUCGAAAAAGCUUUCGUUGGAAGGCCCCUUCUCCUACAGCAUUGGCAACUUACUCAUGUCUCUUUUCGGGCCAAAAGUUGCUUGCCUUCUCAACUACAGGAUCCUUUGCAAUACAACAUUCACUAUAUCAAAUGUGGUCGGCCCUACUGAAUGCAUCCUGAUCGCGGGCAACCCUGUGAAGCGCAUAAGGGUUACUUCAAGCAGCCUACCACAUGCAAUCACAAUGCAUAUGGUGAGUUAUGCAGGAAUGGUGGAACUGCAAAUCCAGGUUGCCAAAGAUAUUAUUCCGGACCCCAAAACACUAGCAAAGUGUUUCGAAGAUGCGUUGCGCGAAAUGAAGGAAGCUGUUGAGGCGGCAAACAACUAAUGUUUACGAUAACUGGCUCAGUCUGUAUUAUCAAAUAUUCAUCUAGUCAUUCAUAGAUAAGAGUAUCAACCAGGGUGUAAAUGUAUGUAAUCAAAUCCCAUAUCACAAAUUAAUACAUCUCUUUGAACUUGCAAUUUUAAAA